ACCUUUGAUGAGUCUUCACAUUAUGGAUGCUGCCACCCGCGCAUAUAUAGUGAACAUCUUCCCCAGCUGCAUAUCAUGGAAGAGAGAUGAUCAGCUGUUGACAUCGAAUCAUCUCACAUGCUUGAUAGCUUUGUAAUUUUAAAAUCUGCUGCGGGACAAGUAAGAGGUCCAGGUUCAUAAAUUAUUGCUGAUUAUAGCAUGUAAAAGUUUGACAUCGGAAUUCCUUCCGUACUUAUAUAAGCACGAUCUUCCUUUGCUUCUUUCCAAGUUAAACAACUCUUUUGCUUGCACUUUCUCCGCCCACUACCUCCAUAUCAACUUUCUUUGGAGAGCUAAGUGGGCAUGGAUUCGAUGUCUCACUCAAAAAAUGAGGAAGUUGAAACCAAAGAAAUGGACAUUAGAAGCAUGUCAUCCUCUCGGCGUUACGUGCACAGUGCACGUUAUCUUCACAAGGUGGGAGUCCCCCCUAAGCAAAACCUGUUCCAGGAAUUCAAAGCCACUGUGAGAGAAACAUUCUUCGCUGAUGACCCACUGCGUCCCUUCAAGGAUCAACCCAGGUCUCGAAAGUUCGUCCUGGCAACGCAGGCCAUCUUCCCAAUUCUUGAAUGGGGAAGGAGUUACAGCUGGAGAAAAUUUAGGGGUGAUCUCAUUGCUGGACUCACUAUUGCCAGUCUCUGCAUUCCUCAGGACAUUGGUUAUGCAAAGCUAGCAUACUUGGAUCCACAGUAUGGACUUUACUCCAGCUUUGUUCCACCAUUGAUUUAUGCCUUCAUGGGAAGUUCAAGAGAUAUCGCCAUUGGACCAGUCGCUGUGGUAUCUCUUUUAUUAGGGACUAUGCUUUCAGAUGAGCUCGACCCUGUCCAAAAUAAACCCGAGUAUCUGCGGCUUGCAUUCACUGCUACCUUUUUUGCAGGCGUCACUCAAGCAACUCUUGGUUUUCUUAGGUUGGGAUUCUUGAUUGAGUUCCUUUCUCAUGCUGCCAUCGUCGGUUUUAUGGGCGGAGCUGCUGUCACAAUUGCCCUCCAACAGGUUAAGGGACUUCUUGGUAUAAAAAAUUUUACUAAGGAUACAGACAUUAUUUCGGUAAUGAAGUCUGUAUGGAGCAACGUCGAGCAUGGAUGGAACUGGCAGACUAUAGUCAUUGGAGUUAGCUUUUUAUCCUUCCUUUUGUUUGCGAAAUACAUUGGAAAAAGGAACAAGAAAUUCUUCUGGGUGCCUGCUGUAGCUCCACUGAUAUCUGUUGUUCUCUCCACCUUUUUCGUUUUUAUAACACAUGCAGAAAAGCAAGGAGUUAUGAUUGUGAAGCAUAUUGAAAAAGGAAUCAAUCCCUCAUCUGUAAAUCAAAUUUACUUCACUGGUGAAUAUCUUGUUAAAGGUAUGAGGAUUGGUGUGAUAGCUGGUAUGAUCGCAUUGACGGAAGCUGCUGCCAUUGGAAGAACUUUUGCUGCGAUGAAAGACUAUCAAAUAGAUGGAAACAAAGAAAUGGUGGCACUAGGAACAAUGAAUAUCGUUGGUUCCAUGACUUCCUGUUAUAUUGCCACAGGUUCAUUUUCUCGAUCUGCAGUUAAUUUCAUGGCUGGAUGCGAAACUGCAGUCUCAAAUAUCGUUAUGUCCUGUGUUGUAUUUUUGACCUUGGAAUUCAUAACACCUCUUUUCAAGUACACCCCAAAUGCUAUCCUGGCUGCUAUCAUUAUAGCAGCUGUGGCUGGGCUUUUGGAUUUUGAGGCAGCAAUUCUGAUAUGGAAGAUUGAUAAAUUUGAUUUUCUUGCGUGCAUGGGAGCCUUUCUUGGAACAGUCUUUUCAUCGGUUGAGAUUGGCCUCCUAAUUGCUGUCAUAAUAUCCUUUGCUAAAAUCCUCUUACAAGUUACUAGGCCUCGAACUGCUAUUCUUGGGAAGCUCCCUGGGACUACUGUGUAUCGAAAUAUCCAACAAUAUCCUGAAGCAACUAAAGUUCCAGGGAUUUUGAUAGUCAGAGUUGAUUCUGCGAUUUACUUUUCCAACUCCAGUUAUGUCAGGGAGAGGAUAUUGAGAUGGUUGAUGGAUGAAGAAGAGCAAGUAAAAGCUGAAUGCCAAUCGACAAUCCAGUUUUUGAUAAUUGAGAUGUCACCUGUAACUGACAUUGACACCAGUGGCAUCCAUGCCUUGGAAGAACUACACAGUAGUCUCCAGAAAAAGAAUAUUCAGCUGAUUCUGGCAAAUCCGGGACCAGUGGUGAUAGAGAAGCUUCACGCAUCGAAUUUUGCGAAUUUAAUCGGGGACGACAAGAUUUUCCUCACUGUUGCAGAUGCAGUGUCAUCAUGUUCUCCAAAACCGGUCCAAGAACAAGAAAUAGGAACAACUUUAUUCCAACAGCUGGAUGCUAGAUGGCAAUCUCUCAGCACGAGUGACUGCCCCAACAUCUUCCCCAAAUACACUACAAAAAGGAUGAUCGACAAUUCUUCGUUUGCAUCUUAAUUUCCAAGUUAGUCAACAGUUUACCAUGACAAGCCAACCACAAUUCAACCGUGGAGGUCUUACUCUUCUAUGCUUCCACAUUAGGUCCCAUUUAGAGUCUGCACUACCCUAUUGGUGUUGAUUCAAAAUCUUAUAACCAUCCGCCACCUUUAGCCUUCCAUUGUUGGUUCAUCGCCAUGAGCACCUGUCAUCCAUAUCAUAAGCUUGUGGAGGUCUAGUCCUUGCAAUCUCUAGAAGAACUUGACUACUAAAUCAGCCUACAAAUUUUUGCCAAUUCCAAUGCCCACUAUCAUUAAUCAUCUCCCUCACUAAAGUAUUAUCCUCACCAUGACCACGACAUAAAUGACGUUGCUUUUAAGGUUCCCAAGUCAGACACCAGACAUCAUAACAAAAUUUAAUUCGGUUCCCCUUGCCAAUGGACCAUGAGAUACCAUUCUUCAGGACACCUCAUACCUUGAAAUGAGAUCUCCAGAAACAAGAAGCUUUUGGCUUACUAUUAUCGUCCGGUACUUCAUCACCAACUUAUAUUUAUUCUUAAGAAUCCAAGCCCAGAAUUCAUAACUGUUAGUCAAGGUAUGAAAACCCGGUUUCAUGAUGAAUGACAUAUUAUGCUCUUUCAACUUCCGCAUGCCAAGGGCGCCAUUUCUCAACUGUUUACAACGAUUAUCCCAGUUAACCAGUGCCAUCAUCUUGAUAAUCCCCGUCGACCUCCUAAAUAAAUCUUCUUACCAUCUUUUCUAUUUCAGAAUGGAUUAAGCUGGAAUAAGUGUCUUUGCAUGAAAUAAUUCGGAUUGCAAGAAGAACCAACUUAACAAGCGUAACGCGACCAGCUCUAGAAAAAAGUUUGGCAUCUCACCCAUUUAAAUGAGCUUGGACUUUAUCAACAACAAAUUGGAAGGUUUCUUUGGUAAUCUAUUUAUGAAACAACGAAACAACGAGAUAUUUCCUAAGAUUAUUAGGUUUUUGAAACCGAGUCUUGAGUUAAUGUGAUUAGCAAGGAGUCAUCAGUAUUACUCGAGAAGAAAAUCUAAGCCUUAAGGGGGUUGAUGCGAUGCCCAAAGAAAUAGCUAAAUUGAUCAACGAUUCCUUUGAUGGCAUCAUCCUGUGAUGACUCUACCUUGGAGAAUAAAAAAAGGCCAUCUUCAAAGAACAAAAGGGAAAUAUUUGGACCCUCUCUAGCCAAUUUAAUCGGCUUCCAUAGCCCAUCCUCAACUAACUUAUUAAUACUAUGGAUUAACCAUUCUAUACCAAGGACGAUAGGUACGGUGUUAAAGGGUCACUUUGCCUCACCCCUCUCGACGGUAGAAACUCAUCCAUCGUCUUUCCAUUCCAAAGAACUUGCAAAGACACUAUGGAAAUAUAAUUCAUAAUAGCACUCAUAUGCAUGAUUGAGAGGAAUUUGUUUAAGACUUCAAUAAA